AUGGGGUUCGACUCUACUCAACAGUCUCAACAUCAUAGUAAAAUAAGAAAAUGUAAAAGAGAUGACAGAACAUGGAGUUUCAACGACUUACCUACAAGAGCAUUUCCGAGGGAAUGGUGGAGUGAGGUUGAAGAUGAAGAUUUCCGAAGUAGUGAAGUUAUUGCUAAACCUUUAGGAUGCAGAGAGAGUGCAGAAAAAUUAGAGAGAAGAGAUUGUUUGGAGAUUCGGUUUUCUAGUAGUGAACGGAUUUUCACAAUCGGUUUUUAUAUGCUUUGUGGACUGGGACUUGUUACAACAGGGCUACAAGGAGGUUAUCUCACGGUUUCUUGUGUGAGCAGGGCUGAAGGAAGUGUGCAAGAAUGGUUUAGAUUGAAACAAGGAUUGGUGUGUACUCUUAGAAAGCAAAUGGAACAAGUUUUGUAUAAGUUGAAAACUGUUUUUGAAUGGACUUUGAAUUAG